UAGGUUUUGGCUUAAGAACUGACUAUGGAAAACGGGAAACAGGGGGCUUGAUCCACCCCAAGAAGGGGAGGAGUGUGGGGUUGGCCCACCCACUCAAAAAUGCGUCGCUCUCUUUCUGCACGCUAUGUCAGCUGUCAAAGCCCAAAAACUGAUGUUGCCUUUGUAUUUUUCAUUUUUUUUGUUUUUUUUUGCUUUAUAUAUGUAUGCAUGGACAUGGCCGGAGGGGUGAUGGCCAAAAGGGGGUGGGAGGUGACUGGAUGAUGCUGCCGUCGGGCAAAGUGUCCAUUAUGUUGAUUUGAAAAAUAAAAGCAACGGAUGCGAUUGCUCACACAAAGAUGAAGGGCGGACUGACAAUGGGCGAGGAGUUUAAAGGGGAGGGGCUUAUAAGGCGGGAUUUUCCGGGUGGACAGAAGGGUUGGGUGGGGGCGUUUAGCAUGGACUGGUGCUUCAAAUUUAGUUGAUUGAAUGAAAUGACAGUAAUGUGGCUUUUAAAUGGUUUUAGUCUGAUGGGGGAUUUACUAGGAAAUUGGACAACCAAAAGAUUAACAAAUAAAAUUUAACAUUUUCAAUAUUUCUACCUUGAUUUUGCUCUCAAAAAUACUUGGAAAAAUAAGCCAGCAAACUGCUGCACAAGAAACGAAAGCCUUCUUACCACCACACAUGAUUGCGAUUCAAAAUUCCUAGUGCCGAAAAUAUGAUGAAGAAGUUACUAGGCAACAGCUCGAAUAAAAAUAAAGCUCUUAAAUUCGACGAUGGAAUCAACUUGGACCAAAUAAUUGCAAAGCUAAAACUGAUCGGUGAGAUAGGAUCCGUGGUUCAGAUUUCCGUCCGGGAAAUCGAGGCGGUUUGUUCACGGGCCAGGGAAGUACUGCUCAUGCAGCCGACAUUGCUGGAGAUUCCUGCUCCGAUUAAUUUACUAGGAGACAUACACGGUCAGUACUUAAAUCUGUUGCGCUACUUCGAGUCCAACGGCUAUCCGCCGGAUUCGGUGUAUCUGCUACUGGGUGACUAUGUGGACAGAGGCAAGCAGUCCAUCGAAACAUUGACCCUGCUCCUGGCCCUCAAGGCGAGGUAUCCGACCAAGUUCUACCUACUAAGAGGAAACCACGAGUGCUCCAGCAUAAAUCACUUCUACGGAUUCUACGACGAGUGCAAAAGGCGAUACACGGUGAAGUUGUGGCGCACUUUUGUCGAUUGCUACAACUGCCUGCCACUGGCGGCGAUCAUCGAGGAGAAUAUCUUCUGUUGCCACGGCGGUCUGAGUCCCCAUCUGUUUAGCAUGCAGCAGAUACGGGAAAUCCGCCGGCCCAUCGAAAUACCGGAAUCCGGAUUGAUAUGCGAUAUUCUGUGGUCCGACCCUGAUAUACGGAUCAUGGGCUGGGGUCCCAACGAAAGGGGCGUGAGUCACACCUUCGGUUCAGAUGUGGUCAGUGCCUUCUUGCACCGGUUCAAAUUGAACCUCAUUUGUCGGGGUCACCAGGUGGUCGAGGAUGGCUACGAAUUCUUCGCCAAACGCCAGUUGAUCACAAUUUUCUCGGCCCCAAACUACUGCGGGGAGUUCGAUAAUGCUGGGGCCAUGAUGUGCAUCAAUCAGGAUUUGUUGUGCACCUUUCGAGUUCAGAGGCCAAUACUAUCGGAGAAGAAGAGACUAUCAGAAUUAAGUGUUUAAAUGUUUAAAGAUUCGUCCGUUUGAUCGUUGUAAAGUAGUUUAUUUUUUAAAAUCAUAUUGUAAAUUCCAUGUUCCAGUUAGCGUUACAAGAGCAAGCACAAUUAAAAUCUAAACGUUGCAGUUGUCAGUUGCAGUUCAAAAUAA